GAGCGUGAAAGUUGUUUGAGUUGGCGUCAAUCAACAACGCAAGAAACUCCACCGUGACCACCUCAACUUAGUUGGUGAUCAAAAUAAGUUCCACUGCGAAUAAUUAUGAUGAUAUAUCGUUUACUAAGAAGACUCGUGAUAUGUAGUUUAUUAACUUACUGAGGUUGGACUGCUUCCUUCUUUGACAAAAGUGCUGCAAUUGCUCAGUAUCGUCACAAAGGAACUCUGCUGGCUGGCUAGCUAGCUAACUCGCACGAGCAAAGAAGAUCCAUUUAACUAUUUCUUAGGCAUAGCCCAGUUAGAACACUAUUUAGCUAGCUACCCAUUAAAAACACGCACUGACUUGAAUAGUUAUCAACGUGAAGUAGCUAAGAUCUCAGAGGGAACAGGUAGCCGCUGUUUUAGCUUGAGUGAGACCUCCCCAGUCAAGUUCUAGAAGUUUGGUAUUCUAGCAUUUACCAGAAAUCCAACGAGGGCUAACUAAAACCUUGAGUUGCAGCCGUCUUGGGAAGAUGUCUUGCCGAAGCGGAGUCAGCCAGACCCGGGGAGACACUUCUGGUCCACAGCCUUUGAGAGCAACAGUUCCAUUCCAACUGCACAGCAAAGCACAGACCAGCUUGAAAAAUGGCAAGUCCGAGAAGAAGACCAAAGCGCGACAGGUGACCCCUGGGAUGCGGCGGACACUCUCUCUGGAUGCCAUUGUGGGCCCCUACCUGCAGGGCCACUGGCCCAAAGAGCCCGAGGGCCAGGCAGGCCUCUGCAGGAAGAACCAAUCAACCCAGACGCCUGACUCGUGGUCAGACGAGGCUUCGAACAGGAAAGGCAGCGAAGGGCACAAACGCUCUGCAUCGUGGGGCAGUGCUGAGCACCUACAGGAGUUUGCCAAGCUGAAACACCUGCUGCAAAGGUCCGAAAAGGUCCGCCACCACUACCUUCAAGGCAGCUACUCCCCAGGCAUCACACAGCCUAUCCCACCCACCCCCCUGUACAAGCUAACCCCUCGUCUGCGCCGCAGCGUGGAGGGCCUCAACCAGGAGCUGGAGGGCAUGUUCGUGUGCCAGCCGCCCCACCACCAGUGCUGGAUUCUGGAGGUUCCUGACGGCCACAGGGCUCCAGUUCCACCACUGAGCUGCAGCAGUGGCUCCCAGAGCGACCCCUCCACCACGCCCCUCUCCCCCACACCCUCACCUUGCUCCUCUUUCUCCCCCUCUUCUGUAGAAGACCUACCUGUGAAUCAGGACCCAGGUGUGGUGGAGAGUGCAGAGCUGUGUCUCCUGUCAUCCCAGGGUGGGUGGGAGCCAUCCCCCUUGCUGCUCUCCUCCUCGCCCCGGCCCAACAAGAGCUACUGCUUCCAGAGGGAGCCCCCCGAGGGCUGCGAGAAGGUCCGCGUGUGUGAGGAGACCAGCUUUCCACACAAAGCCCAGUCCUCGCUCCUCUUCUCCUCCUGCCCCGACCCCAACAAGGUGAACUUCACCCCCCACGGCGUCUCUGCAUUCUGCCCGGUCAGCCUGCUCAAGCCCCUGCUCCCAUCCAUGGACCUGCUGUUCCGCAGCCUGGCUGUGGCCCCAGCCACGGGUUGCUCUGGCCAGGGUGCAGACCCCUACCAGGCCCCCUCGCCUGGGUACCUGGGGCCUCACCCCGACUCGGUCACCACUGCCAUGUAAAAGAGGCUACAUUAUUAAAGGGGGAAAUGUCAAGGCAGCGGUAUGUUUUGAAAACUACAUUACACAUCAUGAGGACGUCUUGGUUACUCUCCCCAGCCUUGUUGAUUGUGGCCCCCCCAAAUUAAACACAAUGUUUCAAAGUGCUCGAGAAGACAGCCUUUUUACCAACCAUGCUCCAGUUUAGUAAGAGUUUACAAACUUGUUACUGUUGACCAAAAAUGUCAGGGAAUCUUUUUUGGACAGUAGUGGCUUCCAUUUUCAUUUCUCUUGUCUUCAUCAUAGCUUUUUUAAAGUGUCAUUGGCUGUGCUCUGACUCUUUUUUUUCUUUCCCCUUAUCCGUAUUGAAAAGACAUGACACACCAGCUGACUUUUGGCCUUUAACCUUGGGUGCCAACCACAGUCGCUGCCACAUUGAAAGUGGUCUGAAAUGUAUUAACUUGUGGACCAAUAGCCACUGAGAGGCAAGCAUACUUUUAUAAAAGGAUCAAUUUAUUUGGUAAUUUUUGUUAGAAAAGAAAAUGUUUUAAAAAAAUAACAAGAAGAAGAAAUAGAAAAUGUGUGAGGUUAUGUUAUUUGCUUGAAUCAGUCCCCAAGAUGACAUUUGCUUUUUUAGAACAGAUCCAUAACGUCCAUAAGGGUUUCGAAUCGGAACAUAAUUAGAUUUUCUAUGUUAGGAUGGUACAUAUAACACUGCGAGUCAUUGGCUUGUCAAUGGCUAUAGUCAUUUUUGCAACAAUUCUGAUCUUUUGUUUUAAUGUUCAUUAGUCCCUAUUUUAUGAUGCUCAAAAGACACUGCGUUGCUUCAACAUUUGGUAGGAUGGUGUAGGGUAGUCUUGUCACUUUGACCAAACUACUAACCAUCUUUUAUUCUCUGGAAGAGCAAUGUUUCCCUAUGAUUUUUCUAGGGGACGAUGCUUCACCCCUCACUUUAUGCACAUUGAACUCUCGUUUUGGAUUUUAGGAGCCUGUUGGCCCACUUCUCUUUUAAUGGUGAUUCAGAUUUUCCCUCUCUUUGUAUGAAAGGUGUCUUGGGAAAGCUUGUACUCUUUGGAAAUGUAAUGUUCUGCUCUGGAUUAGUUUGUGUAUUGUAGGAAAAGGCUGCUGUCAAAUACCAGUUAAUUAUUUAAGUUAUUAGAAAAGGAGGCAAAUGUUCUUCACCAAAAUCUGGUUGCUUUUAGUAUUUAAAGAUAUUUAUAUAGAAUUUUCAAUUGAAAUAAACUUUUUUAACCUUAAAGUAACAUCCAUGACACACAUGCAGAUGUUUUUUUCCCCCUUAACCAUCUUAGUGUUCUCAUACAAGGCAUGACAAAUCAGUUUGCCACAUUUGUGGUAAGUGGAACAUAGUGCUCGAUGAAUUAUAUUUUUCUUUCUUGCAUGCUUUUUAAUUAUUUUUCUAAUAGCCUAGUUUAUAUAGGUAAUAAGAUGAGUCUUGGUGACUAGUUUUCCUUUUUUCCCCUGCUUUUCCUCGUUAUGGUGAAAGAAGACAUUUAUAGAAGUUUUGUGCUAUUUCUGUUAAUGUUUAGUGCCUCUAUUUUUGUUUCAAAUAAGGCGAUGUAUACAUGUUAAUCAGAGCAUAGCUCUUCUAGUUGUGUAUAUAUGUGUAUAGCUCCAUGAGGACUCUUACGACACUGACUACCUAUGUAGUGGUCUAGAGUCAUCUGAUCUCAUUGGUAAAUGUUGAUAAUUUUCUUGUUUUUUUUUUGUUUUUUUUUCUCUCUACCAAGGUUACAAGAUCAAGUUAAUUGAGAAUCUUUGCACAAAGUGACAGCUAUUUCUUUUCAUUUGCAAUUUUUAUUGUUUAUUUUGUACUUUAGAGUAACCUUGUUUUUGUGUAUGAAUGUAUUUUGGUAUAUUUUUCAGUUAUCUGCAACAUAAGCUAAAGAAGGUUCAAAAGUAUGUUCGGAUGUUCAUUUCAGUUCCCCACUCUGUCCGUUUAAUGUUAGGGGACUGACAAGCAAAUUGUAUUUGGGGGAAUUAUUAUUUACUUCAAGGACAAGGUUUUAUGUGGCAGCUAUUUUAUGUUUGAACACAUUUCUGUGUAGUUAUAGUUAUUAUUGAAAUCGUUUUCAAUGUUUUGGGGGAAUUUCCCAGGUGUCAUCUUUUCUAUGGAUACAUCCCAAAUGGCACCCUCUUAUGAAAUACGGUUCCAUUUGGGACAGAAGCCUAUGGUACCCCUACUUGGUUCUUAUACAGGUGAUUGACGAUAAGAGGUGGUCUUUAGAUUAUUGACCGGCCAGUGUAGACACUCUUUAUACACUGCCUAACCAUUGUACACUGCAAUUUGCCCACCUGUAACGCGCGCAGCGCACGCUUCCCAACAUGUUUGGUUCUCCCAUUAUUAGCAAUCGUGAUUGCUUUUAUGACUAAGACGCUGUAAAGCCACCCGGCAUAAAUGGUAUGGUUUUUGAUCAACCUGUUGAUGAAUUUAAAACGUGCCUUUGGGUUUUGGAGUAGUGGCUGCUCCGCCACCCAUUAUAAGCGCGCUCCGAUUUUUCAUUUUAGGAGAUUCGUGUACUUUAAUGGCUGAAACAAUCCAGUAGCCUCAAGAAAGCCCAAUUGUUGCUGUAUAGAUUUUUUUUCUAUAGGCAUAUUGAUACUAGGCUAUAAUAAAAAAAAGUUUAUUUACGUUGCUGUUGAGUUAAAAGUCAAAUGUAGGCAUUGUCCUACUGUAAGAAUUUAUACACGGCUAGCUCCCAUGGUUUUAUUGUUAACACAGACAGGUGCUGCAACCUGCGACGAUGACAAAAAUCUGGUAUGUUUGGUGCAUAAAUGAAGACGCAGAUGUGCGCUUCACCCAGGUCUGUAAGAAUAAACAUAACAUAAAAAUACACGUUUCUGUUAAAUACAUACAUUACACACUAUGGCUGCUAGGUUUUAUGUCAACUAUAGAGAAAAGGCGGGUCAUGACAAAUGAAUUAAAUAUAGUUUAUGUGAACUACAAUAAUUCAGAUUUUUACAUAUGUAUAUAGCCUUUCACAACAAGUAUUGAUGGGAAUAAUUGUAUUUAUUUGCCAGUCGGAAAUAGAAAAUUCAGACUUUUCUGAUUAGUUAAUCAAUUGAACGAGGCACGUAAUUAACUACAACUAGUUAGCAAGUCGAAAAUGACCCAGUUCUGACUAGUACGUGAACGUGGUAAAAAGGUGGAAAGAUCAAAUGUAAACCAACAUGUCUGUAGAAGGUUGUCCAGUGGCAUCGCAGAUACACAUCCCCAAGCUCUGUGACAGUGCUGGUCAGAAUUAAAGUUAGCUGGCUGAUGAAUGCAGACAAUAGACCAAAAAUAGCUAAAUGACAAUCUGUUUCAGUAGCUAGCUAACUAUCUUGCUCGGUGUCAUCUAAAAUACCACACAUUUAUAAGUCGGUUCAUUUGAUUAAUUAUAGUAGGACAUGCUUAUUUGAAGCUAGCCACAAUGUAAUUUGCGAUUCGCCUUCAAAAUAAAAGGCCCUCUUUGAAAGUGAUGCAGUGACACCAACAGAACACAACUGAAGCGUUUACACAAAUAAAACCGUAGUAGCGCUGAUUGCUGGACUUUGACUGUGGGGAGUCACCUCCCCAGUCACCCUAUUGUGUGUAUUGACAUUCAUAUUGCACUGUACAGCCUUACCCAAUUUCAUUGAUCCACAAUCCAUAGGUAUCAGUCUAUUCAGUACCCAAGCAUGUAAAUCUUGGUGGGGCAAACUCCCCUAAAAUUUUUGGGGAU